ACGAAGGGUUGCAAGGUUUGGGAAGCUUGGUAGGCCUGAGGUGCUGGACCUGGGAGGAGGGCGGGGCGAGCACGGAGCUGGAGCUUUGUGCGGCGGAGGAGUUGAGGUCGGAAUUGCGCGGCUAGUUUGUGAGGCGUGACCGUGCGGUGCUAAGAGGCUGCAGUUGUGAUGAGCAUCUGUUUCUGAUAACACCGUGGCGAGCACCAUCCCUUGUUCUACUCUGUUCCUGAAGAGCAGCACAGAGGAGCUGCGACUGUCAAACCAUGGCUCAGACAGAUGUCCUCCGAGCUGGGUUCUGUGCCUUCCCAGCUUCCUGUGGUAAUGGAGGAAUUCACUGAUCCCAGAUGGCUUGAUCCGGAGAAAACAGUAUCAUGGAAGCACAGUGGUUUGGGCCCAGGCCUUCCCUAGGAUUCCAGGUGUCAGUGCUAUUCCGUGAUGUGUACAUAGACUUCUCUCAGGAGGAGUGGGAGUGUCUGACCGAGGAGCAGAGGGAUCUGUACAGAGAUGUGAUGUUGGAGAACUACAGCAACCUGCUUUCGAUGGUUUUGGAAUCAAGAUGUGAAGCCCAGAAGCUGUUUUUGAAGAAGGAACUUUGUGAGAUAGAGUCAGCACAGUGGGAGAUAAUGAGAAAACUCACAAGACAGGACCUUCAGUGCUCCAGUCUCCGUGGUGCCUGGGAAUGGAAUGGCCAGUGUGCGAGACAGCCUGGAUCGCAGGAGAGACAGUUCAGUGAACUGAUACUCAAUCACGAAGACACGCCCACUCUCCAUCAGUAUCCGUCCUUCCGGCUGCAGCACAGUGUUAAGAAUAAAGAGAAGUAUUGUGCGAGUAAAGAAAAUAGGAAGCACUAUAAACACAGCUCACAGUUUACCACCCAUCAAAUCAUUCGCACCGUUGAGAAGCCGUAUGAAUGUAAGGACUGUGGCAAGACCUUCAGACACCCCUCAGGACUUACCCAUCAUAACAAAAUUCACACUGGAAAGAAACCCUUUGAAUGUAAGGAAUGUGGAAAAACGUUUAUUUGUGGCUCCGACUUGACACGACAUCACAGAAUUCAUACGGGUGAGAAGCCCUAUGAGUGUAAGGACUGUGGAAAAGCCUUCAGUAGUGGUUCAAAUUUUACUCGCCAUCAGAGAAUUCACACUGGCGAGAAGCCCUAUGAAUGUAAAGAAUGCGGGAAGGCUUUUAGUAGUGGUUCGAAUUUUACUCAGCAUCAGAGAAUUCACACUGGAGAGAAGCCCUAUGAAUGUAAGGAGUGUGGGAAUGCCUUUAGUCAGAGCUCACAGCUUAUUAAACAUCAAAGAAUCCACACUGGUGAGAAGCCCUAUGAGUGUAAGGAGUGUGAAAAGGCUUUCCGGUCUGGUUCUGACCUCACUAGACACCAGAGGAUUCACACUGGAGAGAAGCCCUAUGCGUGCGGGAUCUGUGGGAAAGCCUACUCUCAGAGCUCACAGCUCAUCAGUCACCACAGACUCCACGCGGGGAAGAGAGCCCGUAAAUACGAGGACUGUGCAAAGAGCUUCAGCUAUGAUUCACAACUUACUCAGCAUCAAAACUUGUACUGGUGAUGAAAACACACAAGAUGUGUGUGAAGACCCAAGACGAUCAGAGAAUCUACCUUUAAAGUCCCUCUAGACUAAAGAAUGUAGAAACAGUUUACUUGUUGACCUCAGCUUGCUCAUCUGAAGAAACUCAUAUUGGAGAGAUAGCCUAUGAAUAUAGUAUAUUCUGGAAGCCUUUUAGUAACUUCCUGUUUAUUUUGACUCUGAUUAUUCAGGCUGCACAUAAUUAAAAACAAUGCUUUGACCUUAAACAUCAGAAUUCAUAUAGAAAUGUAAUCUUACGGUUUUCAUUGU